AUGAGUUCAACAGGUUCCUUACCACAUAUUCAUAUUCCGAUAGAUUAUCAAUAUCUACAAGAAGAAAUUGAAGAUUUUUUGAAGCAUUUUAAAUCAACUUAUGAUGCUGAUGCAGAUUUGUUACAAAAUGAUGAUGAUGAUGCUGAUGUUGGCAUUGGCCCAAAAUAUAUGGCUAUGCUUCAAAAAAUAGCUAAUAGAGAGUUAUCUACCAUAUAUAUCGAUCUAAAUGAUAUUAAAGAAUACCAAAUUGAUAAAUAUUUAAAUACCAAUAAUCAUACUGUUAAUGCCCCUGGACGAGGACAAAGAUUGUAUAACGCAGUUAUAAAAAAUGCAUACCAUUUUAUUGAACUUUUUUGUGACGUGGUAGAUAAGCUAAUGCCUGAGCCCACUAAAGAAUUGAAUGCAACUGAUGAUGUAUUGGAUAUUAUUUUACAUCAAAGGAAACUACGUAAUUUGAGAUUACAAAACGAAACCAGAGACUCUUUAAGAAAUGAAGUUGAUACGGCUACUGACAAUGAAGAUAGGGAAAAUAUGAUUAAUAGAAUCGCCGAAGAAGAGACCGAAAAAAAUGGGUUUCCAAAUAAAUUGUUGAGGCGUUAUAAUUUAUACUUCAAGCCAUUGAAAAACAUGAAGGCAUACUCUGUUAGGGAAGUCACAGGGAAUAAGAUCGGUCAAUUAAUCACUAUUCGUGGUAUUGUUACUCGUAUCUCAGAUGUUAAACCAAAUGUUGUUGUUAAUGCUUAUACUUGUGAUCAAUGUGGAUAUGAAGUUUUUCAAGAAGUUAGUGGUAGAACAUUUAAACCUUUAGUUGAUUGUCCAAGCAAAGAUUGUAUUGAUAAUAAUACCAAGGGCAAAUUAUACAUGAGUUCUAGGGGUUCCAAAUUUAGUGCCUUUCAAGAAUGUAAAAUUCAAGAAUUGUCAAAUCAAGUACCGGUCGGUCAUAUACCACGUUCUUUAAAUAUACAUGUUAACGGCGAUGGAUUAGUUAGAAGUUUAAUUCCUGGUGAUAUAGUAGACGUUACUGGGAUUUAUUUACCAUUACCAUAUACUGGGUAUAAAGCUUUGAAGACUGGGUUGUUAACAGAAACUUACUUGGAAGCUCAAUUUGUUGAGCAACACAAACGCCGUGACUAUGAUAUUUCAAACACUUUUAUGGAUGCUGCUAUUCAAGAACUUUUAAAUCAAGGCAAUGUUUACGAACGAUUGGCUUUAUCAAUUGCUCCAGAAAUUUACGGUCAUUUGGAUGUUAAAAAGGCCUUAUUGUUAUUAUUGGUUGGAGGCGUUGAUAAAAAAGUUGGGGAUGGUAUGAAGAUUAGGGGUGACAUCAAUAUAUGUCUAAUGGGUGAUCCAGGUGUUGCCAAAUCUCAAUUAUUAAAAUCUAUUGUCAAAAUAUCUCCACGUGGUGUUUAUACAACGGGUAAAGGUUCUUCGGGUGUUGGUUUAACAGCUGCUGUUAUGAGGGAUCCAGUCACUGAUGAAAUGGUCUUGGAAGGUGGUGCAUUAGUAUUAUCUGACAAUGGCAUUUGCUGUAUUGAUGAAUUUGACAAGAUGGAUGAGGUGGAUAGAACGGCUAUUCAUGAAGUUAUGGAACAACAAACGAUUUCUAUUUCUAAAGCUGGUAUCAACACCACUUUAAACGCACGUAGCUCAAUAUUAGCCGCUGCAAACCCAUUAUAUGGUAGGUAUAACCCAAGAUUGUCCCCUUUGGAUAAUAUCAAUUUACCAGCUGCUUUGCUAUCCAGAUUUGAUAUAUUAUUUUUAUUAUUGGAUUUACCUGAUAGAGACAAUGAUGAAAAAUUAGCUGAGCAUGUUGCAUAUGUUCACAUGCACAAUAAACAGCCUGAUUUAGGCUUUGAACCUGUUAGUUUGUCUACAUUGCGAUCUUUUAUUGCCUUAGCAAAAAGUAAAAGGCCGAUAAUGAAUCCAGAUGUUAACGAUUGUGUUGUUCAGGCUUACAUACGCAUGAGACAAGAUUCUAAAAGGGAAAUGGAUUCCAAAUUUUCAUUUGGCCAAGCGACACCAAGAACAUUGUUGGGCAUUAUUAGAUUGGCACAAGCUUUAGCAAAAUUAAGAUUAAGUGACAACGUUGUUGUAGAAGAUGUCCAAGAAGCAUUAAGACUAAUCCAAGUAUCAAAGGAAUCAUUGUAUCAAGAGGGGAAUAACAAAGCUGGUGGUCGUAAAGGCGAUGGAGAUGAAAGUCCAACCACUAAAAUUUAUAAAGUUAUUAGAAAUAUGGCUAAUGAAGGUGGUAUUUUUAGAAAAACCAUACCAUUUGCUAAAAUUGUUAGAACCAUUAGAAAUAGAGGGUUUACUCAAUUACAAUUAACUAAUUGUAUAAAUGAAUAUGAUUUAUUGAAUGUUUGGCAUUUGAGGGAUAAUGGUGAAACUUUGGCUUUCAUUAAUGAAGCUAUGGCUGAUAAUAUAGAUGUGGUUACCAAGAGUCCGACGGCAUCUCCUAAAAAAGUGACUAGUGUUGACACAGAUAUUUUAUCGCACCAUGUUAAUAAUGAAGAUGAAAGACCAAAUAUAAUGGUAGAAAAUACCGAUGUUGAGAUGAAUGAUUAA